CGUACUUUCGUAAGUCACGAAAACAUUUUAUUUAUUUUGAUUUCGCUGAUACGUAAAAAAACAAUAAUUUAUUAUUUUAUUAGUAAUGGUUUCAAAACAAUUAAGAAAUAGUUGAUGAAUGAUCAAAAAUAUUGUUAGUUGACUAUACCAGCCUAGUGAGCUCAUACGUCUGUUUACUAUCUUCUACUUCAAGAAUAUUAUUAUAAGUAACAGUUUGCCUCCUCCCUACCUAAAGGUGCACUGUUAUGCUGCAAUCGUGUUUAAAAAUGAAGUCAACCCACAAUGCAAAACAAAUAGUUUAUGUAUUAGCCAGUAGGGCCUACUCCAGGAAAUCUCGACGCGAUAGAGAAAUUAGAGGAGAAGAAUUAUUAGAACAGGAAGAUGAGCUCGUUAUGAAAAUCGAAGAUUCUGAAUUCCGAACAAAUCCUAAUUGGCAGCUGCUACCAAGACAUAAAGAUAGCCAGUUCAAAUUACCCAACAAUGUGGGUAUUGCACCUGAGGACUGCAUCAUAACCACUAGACUAAAUUAUUAUACUCAAGACUGCCCAAUUCUCUUAAAAUCUGAAAUUACAGAGCGAUUCAAUGUUCCUCAUUUGAAAAAUUUCAGCCUGUGUAUGAUAACUAUUAAUUUAAAGCAAACCUCUAAUACAAAUAUGUCAAAUUUAACAAAACAGUAUCUACAUGCUGCUUUUGGUAUAAGUGAUCGUUUACAAAAUGCUGGCUAUUGGGCUGAUUUCAUACACCCUUAUACUGGACUUCCAGCCAUUAAUCCAGGACUCAAUAUUGAUUUUUCUACUUUAGAACUACCAUACAAACAUACUGUUUAUCAAGUCAAUACACGUAGAAAGUGCAAAGUGAUUGUAGAAAAAAUAUCUCCUAGUACUAUUGGUAACUUAUUUACAAAUGCUUUACCAUCAAAAACUGAUAUUGUCGAGGAUAUUUUGGACGAAGUUAGUGAUUUACAUCAAAAUAGUUAUGAUUGAAUUUUAUUUUAUAUUUUAAAACAUAACAUCUUGAUGUCAUUUAUUUUUAAAUAAAUUAUAGAUUAUUAGUUGUGAUACUUAUUUAAAACUAUUGUAUUAAAUAACAAAUAAAUCUGUUUAUAUAAUAUUAUUUAAUAGUUAUUGUUAUUUAAAAUACCACAAUUUGAGAUAAAUCUGAAUUCCUGUUUAUAAUAAAUUAACCAAUUAUGUUUAUAGAUUAGUAUUAAGUUCUAACAUAUUUUUAUUAGCUAUAAUAAGGGCUAGGGUUUAUAUGGAUUGUUAAUUUUUUUUGUUAUACUAUCUCUUCAAAAAUUUGAUAGCUCAUACUCAUUAAUUGUUUCAUAUUGAUACUAAUGGUAUAUUUUUUAUUUUGAAAAUUUAAACUAUAAACAUGAUAAAUUCAAACUUCAUGUUAUAUUUAAAUGAAAGAAGUGU